UUCUUCUACACUUGGAUUAUUUUUAGCAUCAUUAUUCUUUAUUAAAACAUCUUUCUAUAACUACAAUUUGAAUUUGCAGUGCUAGCUGCUGCAUGUUAGUAAGGGAUAUACAUGGGUAAUUAUGGUACCCGGCCAUUCCUCUUAUUUGUUCUGCUUCAACUUCUACUCCGGAGAGCAUGCUUCUCCGUUAAUGCAGCUGAUACCCUUUCGAAAGGUCAGUCCCUUUCAAUGAUGAAUACCGAUAUCAUCUCAUCUCAAAGUGGCAACUUUGAACUCGGAUUCUUCAAACGAGGCAUUCCUUCAAAAAUCUACUUGGGGAUAUGGUGUAAACGGUUCCGCCAGAGGAUUCUUUGGGUAGCGAAUAGAGAAAACCAUUUGUCUGACCCUUCUACUUCAAGACUUGAAAUCUCAGAUGAUGGAAAUCUCGUCCUUCUUGAAGCUUCCUCUAAGAAACCAUUUUGGUCCACAAAUUUGCAGAAUCUUCCCUCAAAUUCAACUGAAGCAGCACUUCUUGAUGAUGGAAAUUUUGUUUUAAGAGAUAGAUCGGACCUUUCUACUAUAUUUUGGGAGAGUUUCGACCACCCAACUGAUACAUCCCUGCCAGGUGUAAAGCUUGGGAUCGAUAAAGCUGGCAAACUACCGAAGCAACUUAUUUCAUGGAAAAACUCAGAAGAUCCAUCACCGGGUCUGUUCUCGUACAGGCUAGACCCAAAUGGAAGCAGUAAAUAUAUCUUGGAGUGGAACAGGUCCCAAGUUUAUUGGAGUUCUGGAGUUUGGAAUGGAAAAUCUUUCGGCAAUUUUCCUGAGAUCAGGACGAAUGAUAUAUUUAACUCCAGUUUCGUGUCAAAUGAAAAUGAAACCUAUUUUAAUUACUCUGUUUAUAAUUCUUCUCUCAUGACAUUAUUUUUUAUUAAUUAUACCGGACAGAUCCAGCAAUUUGCAUGGCUGUCCUUCGUUGUGUUGCCGUUAAUUCCAGUUUGGACUCGACCAGAAUCAUUAUCUGACGUCUAUGCUUUGUGUGGUCCAUUUGGCAUAUAUCGUGAUAAUACAUCUAAUCCUUGUGACUGUCCAUUAGGUUUUGAACCAUUUUCAGAUAUCGAGACCAGACUAAACGAUUGGUCCGGUGGUUGUUUGAGGAAACGCCCUUUGCAAUGUGAAAAUCGUAAUGCCAAAAAAGAUUGGUUCUUGAAAAUAUCAAGCAUGAAAUUGCCUGUUAACUCAAAAGCAUAUUUGGCAAUGAGUGCUCGGAGAUGUGAAUUAGCUUGCAUGAAUAAUUGUUCUUGCACAGCUUAUGCUCAUAACAGCAGCGGGUGUAUGAUAUGGAAAGGAGCUCUUUUGAAGUUGCAGCGAGCCUCGGAUGGUGGUGAGGCUGGACAAGAUAUAUAUCUCAGACUUUCUGCUGAUGAGCAACACAUUAGUACCAAAGGAAACAAAUGGAAACUGCGGGUGAUUGUAGCUGUACCGGUCACUGGAACAGGGCUAAUCAGCCUAAUCUUAUGCCUCUCCGUUUGUUUCUCGAGCAAGAAAAAGCUCGAACGCAGAGGAGAGGAGGCAGCUUCAGUUAAUGAUCUAAUGCUAUUUGAUCUUAAUACCGAAACUCAUGCAAUUGUUGAUCCAACAAACACUAAAGAUAAUGAUACGAAAAGAGGAAAGAAGGAUGUUGAGUUACCAUUGUUCAGUUAUGAGAGCGUAUCAGCUGCAACUGAUAAUUUCUCAACUGCAAAUAAGCUUGGAGAAGGAGGCUUUGGACCAGUCUACAAGGGGAAGUUACUUAAGGGGCAGGAAAUUGCAGUGAAAAUGCUUUCAAAAAGAUCUGGACAGGGACUUGAGGAGUUUAGAAAUGAGACAACACUAAUUGCAAAACUUCAACACAGGAAUCUUGUCAAACUCUUGGGUUGCUGUAUUGAAGGAGAUGAGAAAAUACUAAUAUACGAGUACAUGCCCAAUAAAAGUUUGGAUUUCCACCUUUUUGAUCCAACUAAGAAACAAAUGUUGGAUUGGGGGACACGCAUUCACAUUAUUGAAGGGAUUGCUCAAGGACUUCUCUAUCUUCAUCAAUAUUCAAGGUUAAGAAUUAUACAUAGAGAUAUGAAACCCAGUAACAUUCUCUUGGAUAGUGAAAUGAACCCAAAAAUAUCUGAUUUUGGCUUGGCUCGAAUAGUUGGAGAUAAUGAAAUACAAGCAAACACUAAUCGGAUUGUUGGAACUCUCGGCUACAUGUCUCCUGAAUAUGCCAUGAAGGGUCUAUAUUCAGUAAAGUCCGAUGUAUUUAGCUUUGGAGUAUUGCUACUGGAGAUUGUGAGUGGGAAGAGGAACACAAGCUUUUAUAACCAUGAGUCACUCAAUCUUGUUAGCUAUGCUUGGGAAUUAUGGAGAGACGGACGAAGCGUGGAGUUGAUGGAUUCAACGAUAGGGUGUCCAUCUUCCACUUCUACCGUGGUGAGAUACAUUAACAUCGGGCUACUUUGCGCUCAAGAAAGCCCAACUGAUCGACCUGUCAUGCGUGAUGUGGUCUCAAUGAUCAGUAAUGAACAUGCACCUCUGCCUACACCCAAGAAACCAGCUUUUAUAGCAGGCCGGAAUUUGAUGCACACAACUCCAACAAUUAAGUCUGCAGAAAAUUGCUCAAUAAACAGUGUAACUUUUUUGAUAAUAGAGGCUCGAUGAAUACUAUUGUUUCAUUUAAUAAUCAACUGGGCAAUCUGAUGUUAUGGGUCGUGGAAGGUGCUGGUGUGGAGGUAUGGAAUGGGCUAGGUGCAGUAUGCUCAGUAGGAUCUUAGUGGAAGGGUCGUUAAUGGUUGUUGGCUAUUAAAUGGAAGAUCCAUAUGUUGCCGUUUUACUAUGUGUUAAUUUCCUUGCCUUUAGUUGAAUGUUGUCGUUUUACAUGUCCUUUUAUAUCUCAGUUUCAAUAAGUUGAACGUAGUCGUUUUAUUCUUUCUCAAAUGUAAACAAUUAAAUGGUGCGUUGUAAAACAUUCACUAUAAAUACAGUUAGUUGGAGGGAAAGUCUCCAACGAGAAUUUGAUUCA